AACAUAUAUCCUUCUCCCCCCUUUGUCCACCAUGAUGGUGUAUGAAGUGGUGUGUAUAUUUAUAUAUAUUCACGUGCGUUUGUCAACCUGGAUUUGUCGGUCAAUCUUUUAAUCUCUCUCAAGGCAAAAUAGAAAAGGAAUGUUACAAAGGAAGGGGAUGGUGGGUCUUAUGUGUUCUUCAGAAUUCUUCCAUUAAACAACAUUCAUACCUUCUCUUUCUUUUAACUCUCUUUUCCUCGUAUAUAUCAAUAUCUCUCUAAGGAACAACAAUACAUAAGAUCAAUUCAAAGCUUCUUCUUUCUGUUUCUCGAGUGCUGUUUUUGUAAGGAAAAAAAAAAAGGCUGACAUGGAGUUGGCUUUGAGCUUGGGUGAUCCCACCAAGCCAUUUUCGUUGCUUGGAAAUACCCCAAAGCUAUCAAGAAGCAAGGAUCUAGGGUUUUGUAUGGGGCUUGGAGAUGGGUUCAAAUCACAACAUAAAAUCGAUGCUUUUGAAGCUCAAAGUAGAGGAGGUAGUGAUGUAAAAAGGGUUCCUUCAGAUCCACCUCUUCACCUUCAUCUUCUUCCUUCUUCCCAAACUCAGCUUCGUAUCCCUUGCCUCACUCAUGAAUAUGGAGACGGCAGAGGGUUAGAUGUGAACCAGUUGCCACCGGCAGCGGCGGCGGAGGAGGAUGAUGAUGAGGAAUCUGAGGAAGGAGCGGCAAUUUCAUCUCCGAACAGCACAGUUUCGUCUUUUCGAAUGAAUUUUGGGAUUAGAAAUGGAAAAAACAAAGGGAAAAGAGACCUUGAAGUUGAAAGAGUGAGUGACGAUGACGAUGAGAACGGGUCAACUCGGAAGAAACUUAGGCUCUGUAAAGAACAAUCUGCUUUUCUCGAAGAAAGUUUCAAAGAACACAACACUCUAAAUCCUAAGAAAAAGCUUGCUUUGGCCAAGCAAUUAAAUCUUCGUUCUCGACAAGUGGAAGUUUGGUUUCAGAAUAGGAGAGCAAGGACAAAACAGAAGCAGACCGAGGUAGAUUGUGAGUAUUUAAAGAGAAGUUGCGAGACAUUGAGAGAAGAAAAUAAGAGGUUACGGAAGAAACUACAAGAAUUGAGAGUUUUAAAAACUUGUCAACCAUUUUAUAUGCAGUCACCUGUCACCACCCUCACCAUGUGCCCUUCAUGUGAGCGCCUCGCCACCAAGGGCUCUGCCGCCACUGGAUACCCACCCUUUUUCUCCUCUAUAAACACAUGUGACCCUGAGACAUCCCCAAGCCCACCCGACAAUUUUUUCAAAUCAUUGGAUGUGACCUCUGAAAAAACAUGAACACCCCCCCCCCCAUUUUUUUAUUUUGUUGUAAAUGAUUUUGGCUUGUAAGAAUUUUUUUAGGGCUGUCUUGUUUGAACGAUGCGAAGAGGAAAAAAAAACUAGACUUAAGGUAUUGAUAGAUUUUUAUAAUUUCAUAGAAA